AUUCUCUGGUCUCUUAUCUUUUCUCCUGUAGAAGGCAGCGAAGCAUAUUCCAGUAGAUAGCCAUGGAGAAACUUGAGUUUAUUGAAGGAAAGGUGGACUGGAAGGGAAGACAAGCUGUUAAGUAUAAGCAUGGAGGGACUGGGACUUCUUUCCUCGUGCUUGGAACUUUCGGUUUCGAAGAGUUCGCAAGUGUUGCAUUAGCAGUGAACUUGGUCACAUAUUUCAAUGGGAUUAUGCACUUUGAGAUAGCAGAUGCGGCUAACCAGCUAACUAACUUCAUGGGUGCGGGCUACAUCCUCACUAUUUUAGUGGCUUUUGUUGCAGACACUUAUAUUGGCAGAUGGAAAGCUGUUAUCCUUUCAGGAUUUCUUGAGCUCUUGGGACUAGUAGUGCUAGCAGUUCAAGCUCACUUCCCCAAGCUCAAACCACCUCUUUGUAAUGUCUUUGAUCCAACUUCUCACUGUGAGAAAAUUGGAGGUGCCCAUGCUCUGCUGCUCUUUGUAGGUCUCUACUUGGUUGCUUUUGGUAGUGGUGGAAUCAAAGCUGCGUUGCCAUCGCAUGGGGCUGAUCAAUUUGAUGACAGAGAUGCGAAAGAGUCCAGGCAGAUGUCAAGCUUCUUCAACCAUCUCUUGCUAGUAAUAUGCGUGGGUGGUGCUAUUAGUUUAACACUUCUAGUCUGGGUGCAAGAUAAGAAGGGAUGGGACUGGGGAUUUACAUUCAGUGCUCUUGCCAUGGUAUUGGGUCUGAUAAUGUUUUCUGCUGGAUUACCAAUGUAUCGUAUUCAACUUGUACAAAAAUCUAGUGCCAUUACAGAAAUUAUACAGGUAUAUGUAGCAGCCAUCAGAAAUCGAAAACUUCAAAUUCCUGAAGACCCUUCAGAAUUGUAUGAAAUUAACAAGGACAAGGAAGCUGCUAUGGAAGCAGAGUUUCAGUUUCACACAGAUACUUUCAGAUUCCUAGACAAAGCAGCUGUACAAACAGGGCAGAACAAAAAACCUGAGGCUCCAAUUCCAUGGAAACUAUGCAGAGUAACCCAAGUGGAAAAAGCAAAAAUCAUACUUGGAAUGCUACCAGUCUUCUGUUGCACAAUUAUUAUGACACUAUGCCUAGCUCAGCUUCAAACAUUCUCCGUCCAACAGGGUCUCUCCAUGGAUACUCGCAUCACCAAAUCUUUCAACAUCCCACCAGCUUCAUUACCAAUCAUCCCAUUUCUUUUCCUGAUAGUCAUAAUCCCAAUAUAUGAUCGAUUAUUUGUACCAUUUGCUCGCAAAAUCACUGGCCAUCCAGCAGGAAUAACUCACCUUCAACGUAUAGGAGUUGGCCUAAUUCUGUCUUCUAUAUCCAUGGCAUCAGCUGCGUUAAUGGAAGGGAAGAGAAAACAAGUUGCUAGAGACCACAAUAUGUUGGAUGCUAUCCCAGUGUUGCAGCCAUUGCCAAUUAGUGUCUUCUGGCUAUCAAUUCAAUACUUCAUAUUUGGUAUUGCAGACAUGUUCACAUAUGUUGGACUUCUCGAAUUUUUCUAUUCACAGGCACCAAAAGGGAUUAAGUCCAUUUCCACUUGUUUUCUUUGGAGUUCAAUGGCACUUGGAUAUUUUUUCAGUACCAUUUUGGUUAAGAUGGUGAAUAGUGCAACCAAAGAUAUUACUAGAAGUGGAGGUUGGUUGGCGGGGAAUAAUAUUAACAGGAAUCAUUUGAAUCUUUUCUAUUGGUUGCUAUCUGCUUUGAGCUUCAUCAAUUUCUGUACUUAUUUGUUUGUUGCUAAGAGGUACAAGUACAGGCCUCAGAUUAUUCCUGUGGAUUCCGAUGAGAACAGCAAAGCUUAGGCCAAAGAAGAAAAUAAAGCAUUACCGCAGAGUCCUGAGCCAAACAAGAAAAUAAAGCAUCACCACAGAGUCCUGAGUUUCCCUUUCUUAUUCUUUAACUCUGUUGGUUUUGGUAAUUUAGAUUUCACGGGCGUUGAUAUGAAUCUAGAGAAGGUUUGAACUCCUUGGAUCUAUAAGCUCUUCAAUCAUAGAAAAUUAUUUGUUCUUGCUAGUGCAGGAAUAUCCCACUAUAUGGAACAUAUUUGGUCAUAGAAGCAUUUUGGCAGAAUUGGGAAAGAAAAAAUGGAACAUUUAUUAGAAGAUACAAGUUAUUUUUAAAUGGUCACUAGAUCAUCA